ACAGGAUGUGUGUUUAAGCGAGUUGCGUUCAUACAUUCGAAUGAUAAGAUUUUAACUUGUCGUAUCGCCAAGAAGAACGGAUAUGAUUGUGGCACUUUAAGGUUCAUACAGGGUCCACUACCAUCCAAGAAUCAAUUUAAAAGCACCGGUAUUCAGGGGCAUACUUCCUUAUCAAAUAUUCGUUCCUUAUGAAAUUGCAAGAAUCCCUUUGGCUGCUGGUGACGCUCCUUUGCGUCACUUGCAUUCAUGCCACCAUUCUGCCUCAAAUUCCCUCCUUAACCAACUUCAAAGAAGCCAAACAUGCGACUGGAUUCCAGCUCUCGUCCAAGACUGAGAUUGUCGUGGAUGCCAAAUUCGCCAAUGUAAAGGCAGACAAGCAUUCACCAUCUCUCCUGGAUUAUGCUCAUACUUUCAGUAGCGAUUUGUCUGAAAUCGCUGGCCUCAAGUCUAUCCGUGUCCGUACAGACUCUUCCAAGAACCAGAGAAAGUUCGGCAAUGCAAUCUAUUUGACUGUACUCCCUCAAACCUUGGCUAAGAAGUACAAGUACCAUAAUGGUAAUGCUACCGAUGAGGCAUACGAGCUAGACAUCAAUCAAGACAUAAUUAAGAUUAGUGGAUCUUCCGCGAUUGGUACAUUCUGGGGAACCAGAAGCGUACUCCAACAGGUUGCCAUUCAUCAGAAACAGCAUUCCUCCCACGUAACUAUUCCCGCAGGCAGUGGUGUCGACGUUCCUGGAUGGGAAGUACGUGGAUUUAUGUUAGACGCCGGUCGGCAUUGGUUUGAUGUCGAGUUUCUCAGCGAUCUCUGUGUGUAUGCCUCAUUCUGGAAGAUAAAUGAAUUCCAUGUUCAUGCUGUUGAUAACUUGUGGAACCCUGCUUACCUCUAUGGCCCAAAUGCUGAGUGGCAAAAGCUUUACGCAGGAUUUCGCUUCCAAGCCGAACCAGGAUCACCGUUGGAAGGUCUAUCUCGACCUAAGAACGAGACGUGGAGCAAAAAAGAUUUUCAAUGGUUGCAAUCCAAGUGUUUGAGCUACGGUGUCACUGUUGUUCCUGAGAUUGAGUCUCCUGGACACGCUUUGGCUAUAACACAAUGGAAGCCAGAGCUCAUGAUCCAAGGAACCCCGGAUAAUAUGAACAUUACUCAACCAGAAAUGAUUCCAACUAUCAAGUCCAUUUGGAAAGAAUUUCUUCCUUGGUUCUAUGGCAGCGAAGUUUCUAUCGGAGCUGACGAAUACGAUGCCAGUCUGGCCAACGACUACAUUGACUUUGUCAAUACCAUGGCGGACUACAUUCAUCAGCAAUCUGGAAAGAGCAUUCGAGUUUGGGGAACAAAUGAGCCUAGCAAGACCAAAAAGAUAUCUACCAAAGUCACUAUCCAACACUGGGAUUUUCCAAGCGAUGAUAUCCCAGUCAAUUUGAUGAAGGAAGGAUAUAACGUUAUUAACUCUGAGCAAUCUUUCUUGUAUUUGGAUGGAAAAUCGAGUGGCGAAACCAGCUUUCCACAAGAGUUGAAUCAAGAUAUAAUGUGGACCGGUGCUCCAGGUGGAAAUGGCUGGGCUCCCAAUAUUUUCGACGCCAAGGAUUCCAGUAACAACACUGCAGUUGAUGAACCUCGCCUUCGCGGAUCUAUUAUGCCUUUAUGGAAUGACUGGGGUAACAACGCUACCACCAAACUUGAGGUUUAUUACUCCUUUGCUCGCAGUCUUGCCACGUUGGGCUUAAAGACAUGGUCCGGUUCAGGAUCGUCAGCCCUUACUCGCAGCGAGUUUGAUUCGCUGUACCCGCUAUUGAACCAGGUCGCACCAGGGCAAAACCUGAACCGAGUUGUAGCCAGUAAAGGCAAAACGGUUGUUAGUUAUGACUUCAAAAAGACGAAGCAUGGUCAAGUCACAGACAAGAGUGGAAAUCACUACGAAGCAAGCGCUAAAAAUGUCAAAUUCAGUGAUUCCGGCGCAACUUUUGAAGGCUCUUCCAAAAGCUAUAUCACCACCCCAAUCGGCUCAAUGGGUCCACCCUACACUCUCAGUUUCACUGUCAACCCUACCAGCUUGAGCGGUGUCCUGUUUUCAGGCACAGAUUCAGUAUUACUGGCCAAUGACCUUACAUGGAAUGUUACAGGACAGCUCUAUUCUUUGAAUUACUCUAUGCCCUUGCACAAGGCAACCAAGGUCGAAAUCCACGCCACUAGAGAAGUUACAUACGCUUACAUUAACCAGGAAAAAACCCCUAGAUAUUGGUACACCGUCUUGGAUAUUUGGGGAGAUUACAUGCAAACAGCCAAUAUGUCCUUUGCCGCACCAAUUCAAAAAAUUGGAGCCGGAUUUAAAGGUAUCAUUAGCAAUGUUCAACUCUCACAAGGAGCUUGAAGCAAUAUGAAAUAAAUUGAAGUACUAGUAUUUGGGAGC